AUGACUAAAGAAACGCUUUUACCAAUUUACAUAGAAAUUGGUGAUCAUUAUUUAAGAACGCAAAAAUAUAGAGUAUUAGGCGUGACACUUGGAAUAUUUUUAUGUUCAUUAUGGGCAGUGGCACAUUUUAGUGGUAUUGAUCAUCAUCAAUUUAUUUUUAUUAAAGGAGAAGGAGUAAUAAGUGAUGGAGCAGCUUUAGCAGCAGCGAUUGUUUUGGGUGAAAAUGGUGAAGAAGGAAUUCAUGGAUUGGAAAUAAAAAUAACAGUGAUAAAUACAGAAAUAGAUCAAGAAAAUGGGAAUGAAAAUAAAGAUUUAAGAGAUUCAAGUUAUAAUGCAAAUGACGACCUUGAGAAUGAACCAUCUCAAAUUGAUAUAGAAUAUGAAAUUGAUGAAUUGAUUAAUGAAAAUCCAGUUGUUGUCUUUAUUAAAAUUUAUUGUCCAUAUUCGCAACGAGUAAAGUAUAUAUUAUCACAAUACAAUAUUUUCCCUCGUCCAAUAAUAAUUGAAGUAGAUACAAGAGAUGGUAAAACAAUUGGGGGAAGUGAUGAAUUAGCUUUAUUUCAUACUAAUGGUCAUUUAAAAGAAAUACUUAUUGAAUCCGGUGCUUUAUUUGAUGAAAAGGGUGUGAUUAUAGCCAAGUCUGACUGUAUUUGA